GUCCCCGACUGGAUGUGUGAUCCUGAUGGCUGCUUCUGGCAACAUCAUGACAACAGAGAAGAGUUUAGUGGCCGAUACUGAAAAUUCACAGCACCAACAACAGAAGGAAGAGGGUGAGGUAACCACAAACGUAGACCACCAGGAAACUCAGCUAGAGGAGGCUUCUCAAACAGCAGCUGAGGGAGAUAGUCAGUGUGAGCAGAAGCUGAAAACAUCAGAUGGAGACACUCCUACACAUGAAGACUUGACCAAGAACAAGGAGCGGACAUCAGAAAGCAGGGGCCUGUCACGGCUGUUCUCCUCAUUUCUCAAAAGGCCCAAGUCUCAGGUCUCUGAGGAAGAAGGCAAAGAAGUAGUGUCAACUAAAGAGAAAGGUGAAGGAGGUCAGAAAGAAAUAGAAUUUGGAACCAGUCUUGAUGAAGAGAUUAUUUUAAAGGCCCCAAUUGCAGCUCCUGAACCUGAGCUCAAAACAGACCCAUCCUUGGAUCUUCAUUCAUUAAGCAGUGCAGAAACACAGCCUGCUCAGGAAGAACACAGAGAAGAUCUGGAUUUUGAAACCAAGGAAGAAGGAGGACUUGAAGAGUGCUCCAAACCAAAAGUGAAAGAAGAAAAUCCUGAAUCAAAAGCAGAAAAAGAGUUAAAGCCUUCCCAGAAGUCAAUCAGAAGACAUAGAAACAUGCACUGCAGGGUUACUUUACUGGAUGACACAGUUUAUGAAUGUGUUUUGGAGAAACACGUUAUAGGACAAGAUUUACUUAAACGAGUAUGUGAACACCUCAAUCUUUUGGAAGAAGACUAUUUUGGUCUAGCCAUUUGGGAUAAUGCAACCUCUAAGACAUGGCUGGAUUCUGCCAAAGAAAUAAAAAAGCAGGUUCAUGGUAUUCCUUGGAAUUUCACAUUUAAUGUAAAGUUUUAUCCACCUGACCCAGCACAGCUAACAGAAGAUAUAACAAGAUACUAUUUAUGUCUUCAGCUUCGGCAGGACAUAGUUGCAGGACGUCUGCCCUGUUCCUUUGCAACCUUAGCAUUGUUGGGUUCUUAUACCAUCCAGUCUGAGCUGGGAGACUAUGACCAAGAACUCCAUGGUGCGGAUUAUGUUAGUGAUUUUAAACUGGCCCCAAAUCAGACCAAAGAGCUUGAAGAGAAGGUCAUGGAAUUGCAUAAGUCACACAGGUCCAUGACUCCAGCUCAGGCUGACCUGGAGUUUCUUGAGAAUGCCAAAAAGUUGUCUAUGUAUGGAGUGGACCUUCAUAAAGCAAAGGACUUGGAGGGAGUGGAUAUCAUGCUGGGUGUCUGUUCUAGUGGCCUUCUGGUUUACAAAGAUAAGCUGAGAAUUAACCGCUUUCCCUGGCCCAAAGUGCUGAAGAUUUCCUAUAAACGUAGCAGCUUUUUCAUCAAGAUUCGGCCUGGAGAGCAGGAACAGUAUGAAAGUACCAUUGGAUUCAAGCUUCCCAGUUAUCGAGCAGCUAAGAAAUUAUGGAAAGUCUGUGUAGAACAUCAUACAUUUUUCAGACUGACAUCUACAGACACCAUUCCCAAAAGCAAAUUUCUUGCAUUGGGAUCCAAAUUUCGGUACAGUGGUCGGACUCAGGCUGAGACCAGGCAAGCUAGUGCUCUGAUUGACAGGCCUGCCCCACACUUUGAACGUACAGCAAGCAAACGAGCAUCCCGGAGCCUUGAUGGAGCGGCUGUUGACUCAGCAGACCGAAGUCCUCGGCCCACCUCUGCCCCAGCCAUUGCUCAGGGUCAGGUCACAGAAGGCAGUGUCCCAGGUUCUUCUGUCAAAAAACCAGUGGUCUCUAAAACACAGAAGGAAACAGUUAAGCCUGAAGUGAAAAGGGAAGAAGUGCCACCUGAGCAAGUUGAGCCAGAGCCCACAGAAGUGUGGAAGGUGGAAAAAACCCAGAUCGAGGUCACAGUACCCACCUCAAAUGGUGACCAAACUCAGAAGCUUGCAGAAAAAACUGAAGAUCUGAUUAGAAUGAGGAAGAAAAAAAGAGAGAGACUAGAUGGUGAAAACAUUUAUAUCAGACAUAGCAAUUUAAUGUUGGAGGACCUAGACAAGAGUCAAGAAGAGAUCAAAAAACAUCAUGCCAGCAUCAGUGAGCUGAAAAAGAACUUCAUGGAAUCUGUACCAGAACCACAGCCUAGUGAGUGGGAUAAACGUUUAUCUACUCACUCUCCCUUCCGAACACUGAACAUCAAUGGGCAAAUCCCAACAGGAGAAGGAGUGAAGAAAACCUCUAUCCUUCCCUCGGAAAGAAAGAGUAUAAAUGGCAUUCGUACAGAGGAGAUGGCUGCUGUGGCAAAGGGGCCAUCCAUUAAACCUGACCCUGAACAGGAGGGCCCCAAGCAUUCAGUAGUUCCUAGUGAGAGCCAAAUGACCACCCCAUCGGAAUCUCCACAAAGCUUUGACUUUGGCUCCCUCUCCAUAAGCAGCAAUGAGACAGAAGAGAAGGUGCAGGGGGCAGCUGGCCAUCUUGACAUUAAGGAGAUGCCAAGAGGUUCAAAUGGGGAAUGUAUAGGAGUGGAGGAACAGCCUCCACUGGUGAAGACUCAGACUGUCACCAUCUUGGAUACUGCCAAUGCUGCAAAAAGUGAAAUCCCAACCAAAGAUGUCCCUAUUGUCCACACUGAGACCAAGACCAUCACUUACGAGGCUGCCCAGACUGAUGACAGCAGUGGGGACUUAGACCCAGGAGUCUUGCUGACAGCGCAGACCAUCACAUCUGAGACCACAAGCAGUACCACCACAACUCAGAUUACUAAGACUGUAAAAGGUGGGAUUUCAGAGACCCGGAUUGAAAAGAGAAUUGUGAUCACAGGAGACGCCGAUAUUGACCAUGAUCAGGUCCUCGUACAGGCCAUCAAGGAGGCAAAGGAGCAGCACCCAGACAUGUCAGUGACCAAGGUGGUUGUCCAUCAGGAGACUGAGAUUGCUGAGGAAUGAGCUCAGGAACUAUCCUACCCCCAACUCCCUGCCCUUCUCCCAUCCAAGAGAAAACCAGCAAAAUGAUAAAGAAGCUAACCUGGAGUAGUCGGACUUCAGACUUUCAAGAUUAUUCCAAACCACCAGGAAAUUAAUUUCAUCUUCUGUUUGGAAUUUAUACCAAGAGAUUCUGCUAGAUAUCACUGAUCCUUUUGAAUACCUUUUUCUAUAUUAUGAUACCAGAAAUUGCUCAGCUUUUCACUCUAUGGACUGUUUUUAAAUAGUGUUUUUUCUUUUAAAUGGGGUGGUUUGCAGCCUCUUCAACUAGCCUUUCCCCAUUUAUUUCCAAUCCAGACACUGACAGUGUCCACAGAAUUCUUCAGGAAAUUCUCCAAAAAUUCUGUCAGCUGUGUUGGAGGCCAAAGCCACUGGGCUUCCCUGCUCUUCUCUUAGUUUUAUACCCUUUGGAUGACAGCAAAAAAAAUCAUAAACCAGCCCUUUCUCAGAGCCAAUGAUACGACUUUACCAGAAUGUCACGCAGGGUGGCCACCCUGAUCCACAGACCCCAGGAAAAAGUCCUUGCCCCGCUUUGUUGUGGGUGAUUUGGGUGAGGCAGAGACCUCUGCUAAGUAUGUAAUGUUUUUCUUCCUUUUUCCCUUCCUUCCUCCAGCCCAUUCUUUCUUUUUGGAGCUUCUUUAGAUCAAAGACAUAAGAAGUUGCUUCAGCUAUAUCUGAUACUGUGAAUGUUGGAACAUAUCGGUGGCCUUCACCUUCCUGCCUUCCCUCCCCAGCUGCCCAGAAGAAGCAGUGGCUCUCUUCCCCCAGCUUCCAUCUCAGGAGACCAAAACUCACAGAAAAAUAGGCACUUUCAACUAAAAGUUCUAAUGGCACCUCUUUAGUGGUGAUUUGGGGAAGGAAAGUUAAUGAGGUUUUUCAAAUAAGGUUUUCCAGUUCUGGGAGUGUGCACUUCACAUGGGGAAAUGGCAGGUUUACCUCAAUCAGAUCCUGCCAAGAAGUAUUUCUAGAUGACCAUUCCUGGGCCUCUUUCUUUAAUCCCAUGAUAAUAAGGAAUAUUACUCAGAGAGGGUUGUGUUCCUUGAAGUUUCUUCCCUUCCACAGGCACCUACUUGAAACAGUCCUCUGGAGUAAGAGAAUUGGCUUCUAGGGGCCCUCCUUCCCGCAGAGCACUGCAUGGCCAAGGGUACAUGCACCAGCUCCACUCAUUCCCACUUGCCAUCUAAGUCUGUUGGGUUUUGAGGACUUGAUUUUGUGGUGGACUUUGGGUUUGUUUUAUUUAUUUAUUAUUUGGGGGGGGGUGUUGAGUCCCCCAUGCCUGUGCACCUCUGAUAAAAAUUUAGGGGUUAUUUUAUUCAGCAGGGUUUCUCUAAUCUCCCAUCUUCCCACAAACAGAUCUGCUUGGAAGCUUUUUGGAAUCUUAAGUCUAGGCUAGAAGAUAGACAGCAGAUUUUCAUGCUGUUGCUGGGGGCUCCAGGGAAGUGAGCAAGAGAGAGACGCCUAAAGCCUGUUCCUAAUAGUGGGAGCCAGCGGAAUAUGGCCAGUCUCUACUGGCUAAGUUUUGUUGGAACAUCGUAGCUGGUUGGAAAUGAUUUCAGGUGUGUGUAUUUUUUGUGAUUACUUAUGUGAGAUUGCUACUAACCAACAGGCAGCUCUCUCUAGGGAGGGACGGUGAGGGCACAGGUGGGAUUUGUGAUAGGCUUGGAGGAAAAGAGAUUGUCUUAUCUUGGGAAUAGACUUAAAGGCUGUGGGCAUAAAAUCUGAAAUUAUUAGGUGUUCUAGGUGGUGCCUAGGCCUGGGCUGUGUUGCCAGAAGUGGCUAGGUUAGAAAUGCAGCUCAUAUCAAACAAGAUGCACUGUGAGCUCUCUUCCUAAGAGGAGUGUGCCGAUGGCCAGCUGUCCUGAAAGAACUGGGGCUCACAAAACUGAAACCUGUGGAAUGAAGAGGGUGGGGAAAAUAAGGAGAGCACAAACAUGUCCAUUUAAAAUUUUGGCAUACUGAAUAUUCUGUACAUUGCAAAUCAGUGUGGCAGUUUUUGUAGCACAGAAUCAUGAAUCAGGGAACCUACACUUUGCCUCAGCUCUGUCACUAACUCACUACACUUCUCUCUCAGUCUAUUCCUUGUCUGUAAGGUGUACCAGAAGCUAAUGCCCUUCCAGAUCUGAGAAGCCAUGAUGUGGACAAGGGGUAUCCUUCCAAGCCUCCUCCCCUUCCCUCUCUGGCACCAGAUCUUGGGGUUUGGCAGUUAUUUGGAUUUUCUUCCUGCUGUGUGUGUGUGUGUGUGUGUGUGUGUGUAUGUGUGUGUGUAUGAAGAAAUACAGGCUCUGUCCAGGUAGAAAUGGUGACGAGGGGGGAGGAGAAUUCCAUUUCCAGGGUCAGUGACUUGGCAGCAAUUUUCUUAAAAUGACUCAGACACACCACAGUAACAACUCUCGCUGCAGUUUUAUUUUCACUUGAGAAAUAAAGAUUUCCUCCAAGCCACAUGAGGUAUUUGCCUCCCACCCUCCCACCAAGCAGGACCUGAACCCUGGCUGUACCACCACGUAUUCUACAAGGCAGCUGGAGGUGGGGAGACAACAGCCCACCCUUGGAAACGGAGCCAGAACCUGUGGCCUGACCAACACCAAGGGAUGCUCACAGGAAACCUCUGCCUAGGAGUCAGCCCUAGGCUGGUUUUGUUUUUACAGAUCUCUCUCAAAUGUAUUAUUUUGGUGACAAAAAUGAAGGAGCUUUGUAAAUUUUUUACAAAUUAUGAAUCAUAUCAAGUAGUUGUUUACAUUUCUUGACAGAAUAGGUACUAUGGCAGCAGAAUCAAAUCGGUAAAAUCUUUAGAUUAAAUAGGCAAUGAUUAGGUCUGCUAUUUUGACCUUUUGUAGUAAGAGAAGUGGUUGUAGUGUUUAGAUAUGUGUUUGGUCUUGCUUCCUGUAUUGCAUUUUUCAAUAAACUUUAAAAAAAAAA